GGACUAUAUCAUGAAACAUGACACAGUAUCAUUUUCAGAAUUUGAGCAAGUGCACACAAAGGGAGCAGUGGGACAGAGUACAUAGCCUACAAGAAAAUGGAUUCAUCUGAUAACCAUUCUCAGUCCAAUGAGGCUACCAUAAUAGAUAAUAAUAAGCAAAAAAUUACAGAAGAGGUUACUAGAACUUUGCAGGAAAUCUCCAAAAAUGUAUCAGAAAUGCAAAAGAUUUUUUCCAAGAUGGGAAGAACCCAAAAUCACAGGGAAAUUGAAAACAAUUUAUCCCGACUAAUACAAUAUACAACAGAUCUCUGUAAAACAACUAGUACUAAACUGAAAGAAUUGGCUGGACUAUGUACAUUAGGGACAUCAGUUGAUGAGAGAAAAUGGAAACUGCAGUUGAAGCGGCUGUCAGAUGAAUUUAUGGUGAUAUGCAAUGAAUUCCAUAAUACACAGAAAAUUAUAAGAGAAAAGAGAAAGAACCAAAUUACAUCAGGCUCAGAUACAGAAGGACAAUACUCAGAGCCAAGAUUAGAACAUGAAAAUGAUGUGGAAGAUGAACAGAUCCGAUUGCAUGAAUGGGAACUGAAACUCCGUUUUGUAGAGGAACAAGAACAAGAAGUUCAAAAACUACAGGAAGACAUUCUGGUCAUCAAUCAACUUAUGAGAGAAAUUUCCUCACUGAUUAAUGAACAAAGUGAGAAUGUUGACAACAUUGAAGCCAAUGUGGAAGAAACCACCAUACAUGUUACUGAAGGAACAGAACAGUUACAGCAAGCAGCCAUUCACAAGAACAAAUCUAGAAGAAGAAAGUGCAUUUUUGCUAUAAGCAUAAGUCUUAUUCUGGCAGUUAUCAUUGGAAUUAUAAUAUGGCAAGUUUCCACAUGAAUAUUACAAAAACACUAUUUUUGUAAAAUGUAUUUAUUUUGAGGCUGUGCUACAACAGCACAACACAAAACAUAUUGUAAUAGUAAAUUAACAAUGAAUAAAAUUAGAAUUUUCUUGACUCCCUCAUCUACUCAAGAAUUUUGCUGCUUUGUUAAAGAAACAAAUGCUCGAUAACACAAUCAAGUCACAUUACUUUGUCUACAAAGUGAA